AUGGAUAUUACUUGUGGAACAUUGAGCAGUUUUGUUGACAAGUUCUGGGACCUAGUGCUGGACUUAACUUGCAAGCAGUUUCAUCAUUUGUUUCGCUAUCACAAAAAUAUUAAGCAGCUCAAUGAACGACUUGUGGAACUCAUCGAUGAAAGAAGCUCCAUACAACACCAAAUACAUGAGGCUAAAAACAAUGCAGAACCAAUUGAAGACAAAGUUCUUCAUUGGCUGAGCAGAGUAGAUAAGAUUUCAGAGCAAAUUCAAAAGUUUCAUGAUGAAGAGUCUCAAGCAAAAACAGAGUGUAGCGUAACUUCAUGUCCCAACCCGUGGCUACGCUAUAAACUAAGCAAAAGAGCAAAGGCAAUGGCGCAAGAAGUUGUUGAAGUUUGUGGAAAGAGAAACUUCAAUACAGUUUCAUAUCGCGUUCCUCCACAGUCCAUGCCGGAAUUAUUCAACAGAGCAAGCAAUGCAGGGAUUGGUUCAAGAGUGCAAAUUGUGAAUCAAAUUAUAGAGGAAUUACGGAAUCCAUGUGUUAAUAUGAUUGGAUUGUGUGGGCUUGGUGGUGUUGGCAAGACCACUAUAGCUAAAGAGGUAGCAAAAAGUCAAAACAUGUUUGAAAAGGUGAUCUUGGCAAUUGUUUCUCAAGAAUUGAAUGUUGAGAAGAUUCAAGGCCAGAUCGCUGUGAAGUUGGGUAUGCAACUCAAUGAAACAUUUGAAGAAGUAAGAGCUUGUCGUCUGUGUGAGAGGUUGAAGCAAGAGAAGAAUAUGCUCCUAAUAUUGGAUGAUCUUUGGGAGCAACUUGAUUUGGGCAAAGUUGGAAUUCCUUUUUUUGAUGUUGAGAAUUAUAACAAAAAAAAUGAAGGAUGCAAAAUUUUACUAACUUCUAGGAACGAAACGCUGCUGUCAAACCGCAUGAAAUGUGAAAAAACUAUCAGAGUAGGUUUUUUGUCAGAGGAUGAAGCAUGGGAGUUGUUCAAGAGGACUGCUGAAUUGUCUGUUGACUCAAGUAGUCCUAACCUGUUAUCUAUAGCCAAUGCAAUUGUUCAAAAGUGUGGAGGCUUGCCGCUAGCAAUUGCUACAGCUGCCAAAGAAUUGCUAGGAAAAAAUCUGAAUGAUUGGAAAGAUUACCUUGCCCGAUUGAAUAAUCCCUUAAGGAGAAACAUCACAGGAAUUAGAGAGGUAGAUACCAUUUUGAUAUCGAGCUACGAUUGUCUAAGCUCAUCAGAGAGCAAGCAUAUUUUCUUACUUGGUGCCAUGUUGUCCCAUGAUCCUUCAAUUGAAGACCUUCUUAUGCACUCUAUGGGGUUGGAUUUUUUGAAACACACAGAAAACAUGGAAGAAGCCCACAACGGAAUCUCUGCUAUUGUAAGUAAGCUAAAAUCAUCAAACUUAUUUCUUGAUAGCCUUUCUAGUCAUCGUUUUACAAUACAUGACGUCUUUCGAGAUAUUGCAUUGUCGAUUGCAUCCGAUGAAUUACAUGCAUUCAUUAUGAGGCACAGAAAGUUGACAGAAUGGCCAGACAAAAAUAUGCAAGAGGGCUAUAAAGGAAUUUGCUUACGACCGAGUGAAAUUAGUGACCUUCCAGAAGAGUUGUAUUGUCCGAGAUUAGAAUUCUUUCUACUUGAUAGCACAAACAGUGAUUUGACCAUACCCAGCAUGUUUUUCAAAUAUUCAAAGGAGCUGAAACUGUUGGCAUUUAGCAAUGUGCAUUUUUCAUCACUCCCAUCGCUUAGUUUUCUAAUAAAACUAAAAACAUUGUGUCUACACUCGUGUUUGUUAGAAAAUAUAACUGAGGUUAGAAGCUUGAAGAAUGUAAAAGUCCUAAGUUUUGCUUACUCUGAAAUUGAAUCGCUACCAGUUCAAUUAGCAGAGUUGACUUCUUUACAAAUGUUGAAUUUGGCCCAUUGCUCUAAGCUCAAAGUGAUUCCCCCGAAACUUCUAUGUAACCUGAAAAAAUUGGAAGUGUUGCACAUGGGAAACAGCUUUAACCAAUGGAAAAUUGAAGGAUCUAGUGAAGCUAAUGAAAAUGCAAGUCUUGAUGAGUUAAAGGAUUUGCCCAUCUCUUCUCUCGAUGUUCAUAUUCCUAAUGUCUCUAUGUUGCCAGAGACUUUGUUCUUAGAUUUGAAUUUGAAGAGAUACAAAAUACUCAUUGGGAAGCACUGGGAAUGGUGGACAGUCUGCUAUAAAACUUCAAAGGUAUUGAAACUUGAGCUUGAGAGUAAUAUCCAUUUGAAGCCUGGGGUCCGAAAGUUGAUGAAAGGAGCUGAAGAUUUGUGUUUAUAUGGAUCUAAUGGGCUUGAAAAUUUUCUACACGGUCAUGAUGGAAGAUCAUUUCCGCAUUUAAGGCAUCUUCAGAGUGAAAGUAACAAUACUAUGGGAUCCAUUGUUUUGAACUCAGCACAUCAUGAAGCGGCAAUAAAUAACAAAUCCAAUAAAAUGUCCGAGUCACUUUUGAACAAGGUGCUGCUUCCAAAAUCAGAGAUAUUGCGAUUAUCUAAUUCAAUCGGUUUGAUUCCAUUGAUAUGGGAUGACCAACUUUCACACAACUCAUUUAGGAACUUGAAAAUAUUGUUUGUGGAACAUUGUGGCCUUGUGAAAUUGGUGCCCCUCCGUGUGCUGAAAUCUUUAAAUAGCUUGGAAGAACUAGAAGUUAGAGCGUGUGACAUGUUGGAGAUUGUGUUCGAUUUUGAAGAUUUCAAUAAUUAUAAAGGGGCAGCGGAGUCAUCAUCAGUGAUUGUGCCACUGAAAAAGUUAACGCUAUAUAGAUUGCAAAAAUUAAAGAAUGUGUGGAGCAAUCACUAUGAAGGAGAUGUCUCCUUUCCAAGUCUAAGGAGCAUGCAUGUUUCCUAUUGUGAAAGCCUCACUAGUCUGUUUCCUACAUUUAUAGCCAAAGGCAUGCUUCGUGAUCUUGAAGAGCUUCGAAUAUCUAAUUGUGGUAUAGAUGUGAUUGUUGCGAAGGAUCAAGUUUCAAAAUCUGUUGCUCCUCUGUUAGAGUUUCCUAGGCUUACUUUCCUUGAGCUUUCUAUGCUUGGAAAUUUGAGGAAUUUCUAUCCACGGAGACACACAUUAGAAUGGCCACGCCUUCAACAGUUAUCUGUUACAUAUUGUGAUGAAUUAGAGAUAUUUGAAAAGGAAGUCUCAAGUUCAGUAGAAAUACAUGAGGAAGAGAGCACAUCAGACUUAAAAUAUCCUCUACUAUACCAUGACAAGGUCACUCAUAAUUUGGAGAAGUUGACAUUGUGGGGUAAAGGAGCUCAGAUGAUACGGAGUGGCCAGCUUUCAAUGUACCACUUCCCCAAAGUAAAACUGCUGCAUCUACAUGUUGGUCAGAAAGCAACGACUAUUUCAUACAAAUUGUUGUUGAAGAGCUUCCCAAAUUUAGCGGAGCUGACACUGGGGGGUGACAUUAUGAAGGCUUCUGGAGGGGAUGAUGUUCCUCUUCCAAUAAAAUUGACUCUCGAUGAUAUUGACGUUAUCACAAGCUUGGUACCACUCUUAGUUUCUUCACCAAAUCUCACACAUCUGCACGUGAAACGUUGUUAUCAUUUGACCACUCUGAUGACGUCAUCAGUUGCUCAAAGCUUGGUCCAUCUCACAAGUCUCUCAAUUAGAAGGUGCUCUAACAUAGUGGAAAUUAUAUGGAAGCAGGAAGGAGAGGAUGAUGACGAUGAGGAAGUUGUUUUCGGCAAGUUGAAGUAUUUGAAACUUGAACGCCUACCAAGAUUGAAGAAAUUUUGCGGCUACAAUUAUACUUUCAGGUUUCCGUUAUUGGAUCAGCUGAUCAUAACAGAAUGUCCAAAAUUCAAAGUAUUCUCUCCAGGACUCAUUGAUACACCAUCUCUUCAGAGCGUUCUACUGUCACAAAAACUGGGGGAAAAACAUCAUGAAAUUUGGGACACCAAUCUUAACAAAACAUUAUUCCGACAGAUAUUUGUGGCAUCAAGAGAGAUGGUGUUAGAUGAGUAUGAUGUUAGCAUGAUAAGGAAUGACCAAUUUCCAGCAGACUGUUUUGCUCAAAUGGAAAUUCUGGGCAUACAAGGAUUUGAUGAAGAAGGGGUAACAUUUCCGUAUACAUUGCUUGAAAGAUUUCCGCAACUGAAUGAACUUCAUGUGAAGGAUAGUUCCUUUGAGGAGAUAUUCCCAUCACACAUUGUUCAUCAAAUUCCACAACUUCAUAAUUUGACGGUGCUAAAGGUGUCCAAAUGUCAUCGGCUCAUCUAUUUAAUGACAAAUUCAGCUGCUAAAAGUUUGGUGAAUCUUGAAACACUGGACAUAUAUGAUUGCGAAAAGAUGGAGAAAAUUGUAAAGAAUGAGAAUAAUGAAGAUAUAGAAGGUGGAAUCACGUUCAGUACGUUGAGAGUAUUAAAACUCAGUCGUCUACCAAGAUUGAAAGCAGAAGAGCAUAAAACGGAUUUCAACACUGAAGGCCCAGCAACAAGUAAUCAUAAGGUGUCAUUCCCAAAGUUAGAGAUAUUACAAUUAUACCUUUUGAACAGUUUGAUUCCACCGAUAUGGGAUGACAAACUUUCACACAACUCUCUAAGCAACUUGAAAACUAUUACUGUGUGGAGGUGUGGCUUUGUGAAAUUGGUGCCCCUUCAUGUGCUGAAAUAUUUAAGCAACUGGGAAGAACUGGAAGUUGAGGGAUGUCGCAUGUUGGAGACGGUAUUUGAUUUUGAAGAUUUGAAUGAUUAUAAAGAGAUUGUGUCAUCAUCAGUGAUUGUGCCAUUGAAAAAGUUAAGGCUAAAGCGUUUGCCAAAAUUGAAGAAUGUGCUGAGCAAUAAUGACCGCCAAGAAGAAAUAAACUUGGUACCACCCUUAGUAUUUUCACCAGAUGGUUCAUGCCAUCAAAUAGAAGAAUAUAUGAAACAGAAAAAAGAGGACAAUGAGGACAAGAAAAUCAUUUUCAGCAAACUGGAGUUUUUGGAACUUGAUGAAUUACCAAGAUUGAAGAGAUUUUGCAGCCAAAAGUAUACUUUCAAGUUUCCAUUAUUGCGAUGUGUAACCAUAUCAGAGUGCCCUCAACUCAUGAUGUUCUGUUCUGGAGCCAUUCAUGCCCCGCAGCUUCAAAAGGUUCGAGUGACGAGAAUAUGUGAAUCUGACAGAGAUAUUUGGAUGACUGAUCUUAAUGCUACCAUCCAACAUCGGUUUACUAUUCAAGAGGUAAUUUUCACAACCAAAAGCAUAGCUUUAAAUGCAGAGAAUAUCACAAUGAUAAGGGAUGUCUUUCCUAAAGUGAGAGCUCUUUAUGUAGAAAGCUUCGCAGAUAAAGGGGUAAUAUUUCCCUAUAGCUUUCUUAAGAGAUUUCCCAAGUUGGAUGAGCUUUAUGUGGAGCACAGUUCAUUUGAGGAGAUAUUCCCCUCACAGGAUGAGAUUCUUGAUUUUAUGGGGAAAAUCCCACCAUUUGAGAAAUUACACAUUGCCUAUUUGGAUCAACUCAAGAGCAUUUGGAAGGAUGACUCUCAACUACCACCAAUUCAUCAAGACCUAAUAACAUGCCUGGAAGUCGAAAGUUGUCAUAGCUUGAUCAAGUUGGCACCAUCCUCUGCUUCAUUUCAAAAUUUGCAGGAUCUGUCUAUAUCUGGAUGUCAUCAACUCAUCUAUUUGAUGACAAGUUCAACUGCCAAAAGUUUGGUGAGUCUUGAAUGGUUGGCGGUAAAUGAUUGUAAAAAGAUGGAGGAAAUUGUAUUGAAUGAGAACAACAAAGAUGUAGAAGGUGGAAUCACAUUCAACCGACUGUGGUGGCUCGAACUUAUUGAUAUGCCAAGCUUGAAGAUGUUUUCUUCACAAAGUCAGGCAAUUGAAAUCCCAAGAUUAAGUAUGAUAGAAAUAACUCGAUGUCCUGAAAUAAAGAUGUUUUGUUUAGGACUGUUAGAAACACCAGAGUUGUCUAGAGUAAAAAUAGAACAGCAUGAGAUGGAAUGGAAGGACAAAGGAGACCUCAACAAAACAAUAGAAAUGCUAUCCUCGACGAAGGUAUGA